CCUCUCCUUCAAGACUCACCCCCAUCACAACAAGCAUGAGCGCACACGUUGGCGGCAUGCCCCCACCAUCAGCUCCGGCCCCAGCACCGCCACCAACAGACGGCAUCGAGCUCCCGUCCGACCCGUUCGCCCCCGCGCCCCUCCUGACCACCGAGGCCGGGGUACAGGCGUGGCCCCGUACGCCGGGCUACCAGGCCUUCAACGGCUGGCUCAAGGCGCGGUGCGGCAGCAUAAAGGGGAAAGAGAUCAUCCCGGGGUCCGACGGCGCGGGACCCAUCGGCGUGCUGAUGCGCGUGCUCGACGCGCUCGUGGCGCUCGUUGACGAGGUGCCGCCCUUGGAGGAGUCCCAGCGGUUCGGCAAUCGCGCGUUCAGGCGCUACAUCGCGCUGGUCGAAGAGCGCCUGCCGGCCCUCCUCGACACCGAGGCCGCAGACCACCCGCUCCCACCGCACCUCCGCGCGCAGAUCCUCCCGCUCCUCCUCAACUCGCACGCGUUCGGCCACCCGACACGGCUGGACUACGGCACGGGCCACGAGCUGGCGUUUGCGCUGGCUUUGUUCUGCUGCGUUGUCUCCGGCUGGGUGGUGGGCGAGGAGGCGCAGGACGAGCUCGUGCUGCGCGUGUUUCCUCGAUACCUCGACCUCGUGACCAAGCUCCAGGCGACGUACCGCCUCGAGCCGGCCGGCUCGCACGGCGUCUGGGGCCUCGACGACUACGCUUUCCUGCCGUACCUCUUCGGCUCGGCGCAGCUGCUCGGCUCGGACGUGACCCCGGCGCAGGCGCUCGUCAACGCAACGAGCACGAGCGGGCCCUUUAACGACCUCUACACGCUCUCCCUGCACCGCAUCACGCUGUUCAAGCGCGGCGCGGGGUUCGCCGAGCAUUCGCCGCUGCUGCAUAGUCUCUCGACAUUGCCAUCUUGGGUCAAGCCCCAUGGCGGGUUGGUCAAGAUGUAUGCCGCCGAAGUGCUCGGCAAGCGCGUCGUCGUGCAGGGCUUGUGGGUUGGCGGGUGGGCUUGGGGCGCGGAGAAGCCUCAUUUCGUGGGCGAGGAUAAGAAGGGCGUCGCGACGGUGGCACCGUCGACCACGGCCCAGACCACUGCUGCCCCGUGGGCCGCGACUGCUCGGCCUGACACGCGGGCGGACGCCGCCCGCGCCGCUAACGCGUCCUGGGGCGCCAUUCCGCAGAGGAGGUAG